UCAGUAACUUUAGCACCUAGCGGGAGAGCAAAGAUCAGACCUUUGGGCGGCGCUAUCGGCUAAGAUGGGGAAGAAGAAAUUCAUCAAUAAGAGGAACUCAGCUACCUUCCGCCUCCUAGCUCGCGAUUCGUCUACCGUCUAUACGGAAGGUGGCGCGCCGGCUCUACCUGAUCGCGUUUUUGUUCGGGUUGACAACAACUCCUAUUUAUCUCACGGCUUUCUGGAUGACGAGGUCGAGCGCCAAGAUGUCUACCACGAUUGCGGCGGCAACUCCGACUCCAUCUUUGCUGAUGCAUCUGAUGACACAGGCGCUGGAGAUUUUGUUGGUUCUCUUCACCCAUGGAUUGUCGAUUGUGCUAACAGUGCAGGAUCCAACGGGGCUCUCCCGGACCAUGUGAGAAAAGAAAUCCUGGAGUUGGGGUUUCCUGAUGAUGGCUAUAAUUAUUUAAAUCACCUGAGGGAAAUCAGAAAUUCUGGUGGUGGAUACGCCUAUUAUCACAACAGCAAGGCCAGGCUCGAUCUUGUCGGGGCAGAUGUCAAGGCUUAUGACGCUUCUAGGCUGCGGGUCAGUGGUGAAGAGGCCAGCAGCAGUGGUAUGUACACUGUUGCGGCAAAGACAGUUGCUGUGACUGUGAAGAAGGCGUUGGAUCCUGAUGUUUUGAGGUUGCUCAAUGAUGAUAAUGAUGAUUUGUCUAGGUUUGUUUCUGACGUGGAGGACUUGGAGGAGGAUUUUGUAGUCCGGGCCAAUUGUAUAGAAGGAGAGGACCAAGAAGAGGUAGAGCAAUUUUCUUUUAUAAGUGAUAAACAAAAGAAUGUAAUCCAGAAAGGAGAUGAUGUAUCUGGAGAGGUCAGCUUUGCUAAUGAAUUUAUUCACGAGGAUAGACUCGGAGGUGUUGAGAAGCCAAGGGCUCCUCGACUUCUUGAUGAACAGUUUGAUCUGCUCACUCUUCGAGAAUAUGACACAGACGGUGAAAGUGAUAAUGCUGUUAUAGAAGAUGAACCGCUUGCUAAUAAACUUAAUUGUGUCCUUCAAGGGCGUGCAAUUGAUGAUUUAGAGCUUGAAGGCAGUUAUAAAGCUCCUGGUGAUUUUGUCAAUGAGAAUCAAGGGUCAGGUGCAGAUAAACAGCCAGAUGAUUCUGCUGAGCUAAUUCGUAAGUGUGUGGAGUAUGCACAAAUGUACUGCGAUGAAAAUCAUGUUGAUGAAGAAAUGGUGUUAGUACCUGAAAGCAGCGAUGAAUCAGAAGUUUGGGACUGUGAGACUAUUGUUUCCACAUACUCAAAUCUUGACAAUCACCCUGGGAAGAUUCAUACUCCAUCAAACCAAAAGAAGCUUCCAGCAACUGGUGAUGGCAUAUCAAAGAGCAACAUCAUUGCUCUCCGUGGAAAGGAGAAGUUACCAGUGGACUUUUUGCCAUACAACAAGCCAAGUGUUGAGAAACCAAAGAGAACAGUGAGUGCAGAAGCUAAUAAGCCGAGGGGUAGACAACAUUGUUCGGAGUCAAAAGAGGAAAAGAAAGAGCGCAAGGUAAUCAUAUGUUCAUUACUACUUUUUUAGUGUUAUAUUAUUUUUACAACUUUGGUGUAAUUCCUUGCUCUGUUUUUUGUUGUUAAAGAGGACCAGUUUAAAGAUUAUUGUUAUUGAUGUAUCAUCAGUGUGAAUUCUCUGGUAUUUGUCCAUCUAUGAUCAGUUAUUUGAAAUGCAAAUUGUUCUCACAGCAAUCAAUGAUUUUACAUAUAUAAAUACAAAUUGGCAGAAUAUGUUCCUGAAGCAUCAUGUAUAGAUCACUAGCUAUGCAAAAUUCGUCAAUCCAAUGAUUGAAUGGAGAAGUAUUUACUUAUGGAUGUCUUGGAACAUCAAUGUGCACAAUUUUAUUGACUGAACUUUCUUCUUAGUUUCUUUUUCCAAAUUAAUUAAUCACUUUUAAUCUGUGGAAGUUUCCA